ACAAUACCUUCACUGCAUUCUCAAUCACAAUCAUGAGCAAGGGACGCGUCUGUUUGGCCUACUCUGGCGGUCUUGAUACCUCCACGAUCCUGAAAUGGCUCAUCGAGGAAGGUUAUGAGGUCGUGUGCUUCCUUGCCAACGUUGGCCAGGAAGAGCCUUGGGAUGAGGUCGAGAAGAAGGCGCUCAAGAUUGGUGCGCUGAAGAUGGUCAUUCUCGACCUGCAGAAGGAAUUCGUCGAGGAGCUCUGCUUCCGCGCUGUACAAUGCAAUGCCUCAUACGAGGGCAGAUACCUGCUCGGAACCAGCUUGGCUCGUCCAGUCAUCGCCCGCGCACAGAUCCGCGUUGCCCAACAAGAAGGCUGCGGCUUCGUCUCCCACGGCUGCACCGGCAAGGGCAACGACCAGGUUCGCUUCGAGCUUGCAUUCUACACACUUCAGCCUACCAUCAAGGUCAUUGCGCCAUGGAGGCUGCCAGAGUUCUGCGACCGCUUCAAGGGCAGGCAGGAUCUGUUGGACUAUGCCGAGAAGCAUGGCAUCCCAGUCACAUCCACCAAGGCGAAGCCAUGGUCCAUGGACGCCAACCUGGCUCACUGCAGUUAUGAGGCUGGCAUCCUCGAGGACCCCGACGUGUCUCCUCCAGACGACAUGUGGACCAUGACCGACUCGCCCCUCAACGCUCCCAACGAGCCCACCGACAUCACCGUACACUUCGACAAGGGCAUUCCCGUCAAAGUCGUGACCCCAGAGAAGACCUACACCGACUCAGUCGAGCUCUUCGUCGCGCUCAACAAGCUCGGCUUCACCCACGGCAUUGGGCGCAUCGACAUUGUCGAGAACCGCUUCAUCGGCCUCAAAUCCCGCGGCUGCUACGACUCGCCCGCCAUGACCAUCCUGCGCCUCGCACAUCUCGACCUCGAGGGCCUCGUCAUGGACGCCCAAGUGCGCAACCUGCGCGACCAAUUCGUCUCGCAUAACUGGAGCUACCAGCUGUACAACGGCAUGUACUUCAGCCCCGAGCGCGAGUUCAUCGAGAACAGCCUGGUGUUCAGCCAGCGCCGCGUCAACGGCGAGGUGCGCAUGAAGCUGUACAAGGGCAAUGCGUAUGUGCUGGGCCGCUCGAGUCAGACGGAGAAGCUGUACUCGGAGGAGGAGGCGAGUAUGGACACGCUGGAUAACUUCAGCCCAAUGGAUACCACGGGCUUCAUUGCGAUCCAGAGCAUUAGGCUCAAGAAGUAUGGGCUGCAGAAGGCCGAGGAGGGUGCGAAUAUGAGCCGUGCUUAGAUGGGGAGAUGUGACGUUACGAUUUAAAAAGAUUCAUGGAAGGAAGGCAAAAUGUGAGAGAUAUCCCGGGGCUGAUGUAGAAUUCCAUCUGGUCUCAAACACUCU